UUUUGAAGUUUCUUGUGUUAUUGUUUUGGGACGCCAUUGCCAAUGGUAAUCAACUCGAACAGUCCAUUCGGGACUUUACGACGCAUCGGCCACUUCAACAUCGACUUUUCCAAAGAUGGCGUCACUUGUUGUCCAAUUUUGCGAUCAGCUGAUCGCAGCUGAUCUAAUGCAUAUGUCAGAGGUGCGUUUUAUCGUCUCGUGUGAUAUUUGGAGCAGAUUUUUGGUAUUUUAGAGGUGAAUUAUGGAGUGGAUCUCGGGAUUGGCGGGCAAGGCCGAGGAAGUAUUGAAUAAUAUCGAUCGGGGCACCGCUGCUGUGCUCAAGAAAGAAGAUGGCAAACGAGGAGUUCAGGCUUCGGAUUUGUUGGAGGUUAGGUCGCUGCCACUUGACUCGAGUUUGACCGUUGAAGAAUUUCUGAAAGAUGAGACUAAAUACUCCGAUCCAAAGAUGGAUUUUCAGAAAAUGUCUUCAUUUCCAAACACAAUAAUGAAUUCAACAUCAAUAACAUCAGCGUUUGUGGAUAAGCCCAUGACUUUGCAAUCGGAAUCUAUUGCCUGGCUAGAUAGCGCAUCUGAGAAUUCUGUUAAAACUGAAAAUCUGUCAGACUAUAAUACUCAAUGUAACGAUUCUCAUCUCAACGAAGAAAAUAACGCUUAUAAAGUAAUCGACGAGACUAAAAAUGCUUCCGAUGAUCCCAAUCAAUUUAUAGAGAUAAUAGAUGAGUCCAGUAUGAAAAAUCUUUCACCCGCUAAAAAUGAUAAUAUAAAAUCAAUUGAUAAAGAUAAAGAAUGGAGAAUAGAAUACUCAAAGAAAAUUGAAUCGCUCGAAGAUCAAAUAAGUCUCUUAACAUCGGAAAGAACGCGUUUUAUAAGAGAGAUAUCGGAUCUUAGUUCAACAUUAGAAAAAACUAGAUUGGAGUUAAGUUCCAUUGAAUCGGAGCUUGAUCAACACCGCGCUAGAGCAUUAAAAACAUUACAAGAAAGAGAUAAGCUCAUAGCUGAAUUAAGAAAUAAUUCGGAAGCUGAAUUAGAGGAUUCGAGCGUUCUUGUCGAACUCAAUCAAUUAAGACAAGAACGUGAUACAUUGAGGGACGAAAAUUGUGAAAUUCGAGAAAAACUUCGACUGUCCCGUCAAGAAGCAAUCGAUGCCGAUCUUAAUGCGGAAAAAGUAAGGCAAAGGGCAUCGGAAGCCAGUACGCAAGCUCGAGAAGCAGUAGCUGCCGAAAGAAGAAGAAGAUUAGAUGUCGAAGAGGAUAUAAAGUUUCGUAACGAGGAGGUAAAAUCUCUGCGUGAUGAGCUGGCUCAUAGACAUAACACAUUUACAGCGAAAUUGCAAAAGCAAGAGUCGGAAAUUUCAAGAUUAAGAUCGCAGCUUUCAGUUGUCGCAACGCCAAAUUCAGAAGUUGAAACGCGCUUAUCUAGUUUAACGAGAACUUUAGUAUUAAAGCAGCAGGAGCUCGAGCAUUUAACUACAGAGAGAAAUGCUUUAAGAUUACAACUUGAGAAGUUAGAGCAUGAAUAUCAAAAUUGGAGAAAAAAUUUACCUUUCAAUAAUAUAAACGACACCGACGACGCCAAGGCUUUAUUGCCAAGUUUUUUAAUAGAAAGUCCAUUUGACACUGGAGUUGCUCGGCGUGUUAAAAGAGCAUAUUCAUCAUUGGAUGCUGUAGGAGUGAGAAUUGGACUGUUUCUCCGACGGUAUCCUUUAGCAAGAAUUUUAGUUUUAAUUUACAUGGCCUUACUUCAAUUUUGGGUUCUUAUCGUUCUGUUUUCAGAGUCUCCCGAAGUACAUUAAACUAAGUUUAUG